CUGAUUUCCUGGCCCAGGAAUCAACCACAAUCUCAAAGGCUGCACAUAGAAAAUGUCACAUCGCCUGAAAUUCCUAUCAAUGGAUCAGUCUCCAGCGUAUGAUGUUCCAACAUAGGCACAUACAGCCUUGAACAAGCUCCGAAGACGCCCAUACCUGCUUGCCAUAGCAGGUCCCAACCAUGUCGACGCUCAUUGCGAGGAUACUGACUACACUGCUCUGGCUCACAGUGAUCUCGGUCGUCACCAAUAUUCUCAGACAGCUGUUUUUUCGAGAUCCUCACAGGCCACCGGUGGUAUGGCAUUGGUUCCCCUUGAUUGGCAGCACCGUGGACUAUGGGCAAGACCCGUAUAGGUUCUUCUUCAAAUGUCGAGAAAAGUACGGCGACUUCUUCACAUUUGGGCUGCUCGGGAUGAAAGUUACGGUCUACCUGGGGGCCAAGGGCAACAACUUCAUUUUGAAUGGCAAGCUGAAGGAUCUCAAUGCGGAGGAAGUAUAUGGUCCAUUAACAGUGCCGGUCUUUGGUCGCGGCGUGGUGUACGAUGUGGACAAUGCAAGGUUCAUGGACCAAAAAAGGCUGCUGAAAGAAGGCUUCACAAGCCAGAACUUGCGCGCAUAUGUCCCCCAAUUCAUCAAAGAAACCGAACAGUACAUCAAUAGCAAUGCGGUCUUCCAGGGUGAGGGUGGGGUAUGCGACAUAUCUACCGUGCUCUCUGAAAUUUCUUUGUAUGCCGCAGCAGGUUCGCUGCAGGGAAAGGAGGUCAGGGAUUCUUUCGACUCCUCAUUUGCCACCUACUACCGUCAUCUCGACGACGGCUUUGCGCCCAUCAACUUCAUGUUUCCGUGGCUGCCCAUACCUGUGAACCUGCGACGGGACCGUGCUCAAAAGAUGAUGGCCAAUCUAUACAUGGACAUAAUCAAGAAGCGACGUUCAACGGGGAACGAAGACGGCAGCCACGACAUGCUCUGGGCGCUCAUGGACGGCCGCUACAAAGACGGCACUCCCCUAGCAGAUGAGGAGAUAGCUAACCUCAUGAUAGCCCUGCUCAUGGGCGGACAGCACAAUACUGCAGCCUCUGGAACCUGGAUCAUGCUCCAUCUCGCCCAUCGUCCCCACUUGAUUGAAGAAUUAUACCAAGAGCAGCUCAGCGUUCUCGGCGGUCAAGCCCCGACCUACGAUACGUUGCAGGAACUCACGUUGCACAACAAUGUCAUCAAGGAAACGCUGCGUCUGCACAGCCCUAUCCAUUCGAUCAUGCGCAAGGUCAAGCAGCCGAUGCAGAUUCCCGAGACAGACGUCGUCGUUCCCGCGGGCCACAUUCUACUCGCCGCUCCCGGGGUGCCUUCGCGAUGCGAGGAAUUCUUUCCGGAUGCAAUGGCGUGGAAGCCGCACCGAUGGGACAAGCCCGACGAGGCGGAGCAGCAACACCAACGGAACGAGAAAGACGAGGACGCGGAUACGAUAGACUACGGAUAUGGGGCGGUCUCCUCGAAGGCAGUGAACAGCCCCUAUCUGCCCUUUGGCGCUGGUCGACAUCGGUGCGUCGGGGAGACCUUUGCGUAUGCCCAGCUGGGAGCCAUACUUGCGACGGUGGUGAGAUUGUUGCAGUGGGAGCAGGUCGACCCCAGGGCACCGGUGCCAGCCACGGACUAUUCGUCCAUGUUCUCACGACCAAUGCAUCCAGCUACCAUAAAGUGGCGGCAUCGACAAUGAAGCCCCGCUACCCAAGGCUACCGCCAUCUUCCAGCUUGCAGAGCCGUCCUAUAAAGACGCUGGCUGCGGCAUAUCCGGCGUCGCCUCAUAACUGAUUCUGCCCGCUGGCAAGAAGAACAGGGCCACCAAUGCACCGCCUCUUACUUCGGGAUAAUGGUGCGUCCCUGGCCCCGGGCUGGUCCAACCUGCCCCCUGCCAGCCCUGCAUGCCUCUCAACUCGGCCGUUUCGUCCACCAAGAUGACGCAGUUGAUCUCCCCGUACGGAUGCUGAUGGUACUGGCCCCGAUACACCUCCUUCGAAUCCAUGUACACGGUCGUGAUGGAGAUGAAGCUGCUCUCCGGCGUGGGCGGGGCGACGCGCCCGCGCCGGUACUUGGGCCCGUCGAGUUCGUCGCGCGCGACCCAGCCUUCCUCGAGGCCCACGCGCAUGUAGUGCGCAAAGGCCUCGUAGAAGGGCGUGCCCGGGCCGUACUCCCGGUUCAGUCGGGCCUCGAGGUCUUUACCCGGGGUCCUGGUUUGGGCAAGCAGAGGGAUGUUAGUUGGUGUGAUGACGAUAGUGGAAGGGUGCGUCGGACACAGGGCUCUUUCAAGACAAGCGCACGGUGAAAGAUAGGGGAGGGGACUUUGCGUACAGGUUCUUGACCUCCCUGAAGAACUCGUGGCAUUUGGACACGAAUUCCUUUGCGGUGGGAUAUGCUUCGAGAUCGAGGACUGGGGCGUCCGCCAUUGUGCUGUGGUAGGAGACGAGGAGGGACGAUAUCCUCUUUUGCAACCAAGCGAGCAACCGACUGUUGUUAUUUGACUCGAUCGUCUUUCACUUUCCUCUGGUCGUUCGCUUGUGUGUCUGAUGAUCGGAUCCUUCGCCGUUAAGUAGCGAGAGCACUCCAAAACUGCCCUCGAGGGUCGGGCUAAAGUCGAGUCUUAAAUAGUUC